CAUCUGGUCAUACUUCUGCCCUAGUCUAAUUUUAAAGAGACUCUCGAUUUAGCCCAGAUAAAUGUAUUAAUUAUUAAGAGUGAAUUGCAUAAUUCACAUGAAAUACUCGCACACCAAAACAAACAACAUUCACUGGUCUGAUGAAAUCAAGAAUGAACUCUUUCGCCUUAAUGCCAAGCAUCAUGUCAAGCAGUAAAUCCAGAUGAAACCAGGCACUGCUGCUAACAAGGCCAGGACCAGCCCUACGGAGAGGAAUGGUGGUGGCAGUUGAAUGCUGUGGAUGGGAUGACUGGACAGGUUUGAAGUGAAGAUGAAAGGACAAAUACAGAAUCUUAAUGAAAACCUGCUCCAGGGCGCUCAGGAACCUCACACUGGGGUGACACUUCACCUUCCGACAGGACAACAGUCCUAAGAGCACAGCCAAGACAGCACAGAAGUUGCUUUGGGACAAGUCUGUGAAUGUCCAUGAAUGGCCUAGUUAAGAGGUCGGACUUUAACACAAAAGAACUCUCACUCAGAGAAUCUGUAAAGAAGAGUAAUGCUGUAAAGUAGCAAAAUGUGGAGAAAGGGAAGGAUUCUGAAUUUUUCCGAAUGUGCUGUAUUUGUAUAGAAAUCUCGUUUAUCAAAAAAGUAUACUACAUCAUGUAAAAUCGUAAAAUUGAUAGAUGUUGACAUAGCCACAAUCCUCUAAAACUUGUUGAUUUGACUUCUAAGAUCUAAACAGAAAGCUAAGUGAAUACAUUUCUUGGCUUAUUCAAGACAUUUUUAUUGUGUGUGGUAUGACAAUGUAAUGACAUUUAUUUUAAUCAACAAAACUGUAACAUUGAUUAUAUUGAUUUGACUUCUUGGUUCUGAAUGCUCACAUGGUUCUUAGCAUACCAAACUUGAUUUAGCAAUUUUAGACAAUGUAAUGGCUUAUAAUAAUUGUAUUUUUAAGUGAGCACUCAGGAACCUUGCUUUAGUUGUUUUGACAUUUAGUUGAAGCCAACUCAAUUUAAUAUGAUUUAGCAAAUCAACACAUUUUGCACCCAAAGUUGACUUAGCUAAACAUUUAUGAUUUGGACUAUUUAUAAUAUAAUUAACAGUGCUGUAUAUUUUUUGGUGUUUAACAUUUAUUCAAACAGAUCAAGUUUUUUAUUUCUCAAGUAUUUGGAACUUUUUUCCACACAUUUAUAUGUGUUAGUCUUUGCACAUAUGAAUGUUUCUUAUCUUCUGUAGGAUUUUUUUCUUCCUGUUUGCGCAAGUUUGUUUUUCCCCAUCUGUCGACCACACAAAUAUGUCCAUCUUAUGUAAUAUUAGAGAAGCGCAUAUCAUAAAGAGGGAGACUUGGUUGAGAAACUAUACAAGGAAAUUUGCAGCAACUUUGUUUGAAUAAUUUAUUUUGAGAAUGAAUGGUAUUACAGUCUGUUUGCUGGCACUUUGCUGCUGUCUGUCUGAGACACAGGCUCAGGAAAACAACCAGGACCAGAAAGCAUGCUGCCUAUCUAAUCCUGGUUGCCUGAUGAAAGAACUAGUAUCUAUUGGAGAGAAACUAGGAACCAUGGUGGAGAAACAGGGAACUAUGGGGGAUAACCUGAGACUCAUGGAAACCAGGUUACAAACCAGCGAGAAGGAAGUGGAGGAGCUGAAGAAAAUUAUUGAUGGUCAGCCUAAGGUGGCCUUCUCUGUUGCUCUCAGAGAGUCAGGUUCUGGGGACACUGGACCUUUCACCACUAACACUCCUCUUCAGUACAAGAAGGUCUUCUCAAACACUGACAACUGUUACAACCCAGCCACAGGUAUUUUCUCUGCCACAGUAAAAGGGAUGUACUACUUUCGUUUCUCGAUGAUGAACAACCUAAAGGAACACCCUAACUCUGUGGUGUGUCUCAUAAAGAACGGCCAGAGGCUGGCGUCCGUCUGGGACACCAAUGGGCCCGAUGCCAAUGACAGUGGCAGCAAUGCAGCGGUCAUUCCCCUGGAGGUGGGAGAUCAGGUCUAUGUUGAGUUGCAGGCUAACAGGCUGAUCUUUGAUGACACCAUGUUCUACAACACAUUCAGUGGCUUCCUGCUCUUCACCAUGUAAACAUGGAACACCGGUUUACUACUAACAGUGUGGCAGUUACAUAACAUUACUUUCAUAUAAUUUAACUAGUAUUCUGUGCAUCAUAGCAGACAAUGUGGCAGUAAUACCAAUAAAAUAUACAGCUGAUUAUUUGA